GCGCGGGCUCCUUGUCCGCCCGCCGCGCCCCGUCCCGCCCGCCGCGCUCGUAGCCUCUCGCCAUGAAGGUCGCCGCUGUCGCUUCUUCGCCGCUGCCCGCGGGUGCCGGCGGCCCGCUGAAAGCCGUGCGGCCCGGGGAGGCUGCCCGCUGUGGUCCAGGCCCGGGGGUGUCCCCGGUGGCGGCGGAGCAGGCGGCCGCCGCGCUGCUGUACGAUAUGAAGGGCUGCUACUCGCGGCUCCGGGCGCUGGUGCCGACGCUGCCGCGGCACCGGCGGGUCUCCAAGGUGGAGCUGCUGCAGCACGUUAUCGACUACAUCUGGGACCUGCAGCUGGAGCUGCAGUGCGGGCCCCCCCGCCCCGCCGCCGCUGGGGACUCCCCCGAGGCUCCGUGCAUUCCCGCUGCCGAUCGGAUCCUCUGCCGCUGAGACCGCUCUGGACCUUCCACGGACAUCAUCCCCGGGAUCCCGGUCCCACCACGGACAUCGUCCCCGGGACCCCGUCCCCGAGCACCGCGGCUCACCUGCAUCCCUGGCUCCCCGGCGGGGCUGCCCUGGGGGUGCCCCCGCAGCCUGGGCAGGGGUGCUGUGGGCCGGAUCCUUCCUUCUCAGAUUGCUGAGAGCAUUCCCCGUAUUGUAUAUUACAAUGAUGCUGGAGAAUAUUGUUCUACAAUAGCUGGAGUUUUGUUAUUAAACAAGCCCUGAUGACCA